AUGGUGCCAGUUCCAGAAGACCUCCCAGAGAUGGAAUACAGAUACCUAGGCCCAUCUGGUCUCCAGGUAUCUGCCAUCGCUCUUGGUGGUUGGCUCACAUAUGGUGGCCAUGUUGAAAAAGAAAACACAUUUGCAUGCAUGAAAGCUGCCUAUGAUGCUGGGGUCAACUUCUUUGAUUGUGCUGAAGGUUAUGCUGGAGGGGAGUCUGAAAGGGUAAUGGGUGAGGCCAUCAAAAGAUUUGGAUGGAAAAGAAAUGAUCUUGUUAUCUCGACAAAAGUACCUCUCCAUACCCCUACAUUUUUACCCCAUAAGCUUACAAGAGGCAAAAUAGAUUUACUGGGUCAAGCCAAUGGCGAGAAACUUGUCAAUAACAUCGGUCUCUCCCGCAAACGUAUUAUCGAAGGCACUCACCUCGCUCUCGAACGUCUCCAAUUGGAAUAUGUAGAUCUCAUCUAUGCUCACCGACCGGACCGUGCUUGUCCUAUGGAAGAGACCGUCCGGGCAUUCAACCACCUCAUCAACACCGGCAAAGCAUUCUACUGGGGAACAUCCGAAUGGACCGCUGCCGAAAUCGCCUCCGCCCACUCCGUCGCCCAACGCCUCAACCUCAUCGCCCCCAUAAUGGAACAACCACAAUACAACCUCCUCGCGCGCCAAAAAGUCGAGGGCGAAUUCCUCCCCCUCUACAACGAAUUCGGUCUCGGUCUAACCACCUUUUCCCCUCUCAAAUUCGGAUUCUUGACCGGGAAAUACAACACCGGUAUUCCUUCCGAUUCCCGUCUUGGAACAUCCAAAGACGCUUUCGCCGACCGCAUGAGAGCCAAAUCCGGCGACGAUUCCUGGAAAGAAGAUAUUGCCGCCGUCGAAAAACUCAUGCCUAUUGCGGAAAAACUCAAUAUUAGCAUGGCGAAUUUGGCCAUGAGUUGGGUGUUGAAGAAUGAGAGGGUCAGUAGUGCGAUUACCGGCGCCAGUAAGCCGGAACAGAUAUUUGAGAGUGUCAGAGCGUUGAAGAUUAGAGAGAAAUUGACCCCAGAGAUUAUGAAAGAGAUUGAUGAUGUUUUGGGUAAUAAACCAGAGCCAUUGGCUAAGAGAUAUGUUUAG